AUGGAAGCACUGUCGCCGCGAUCGACGAAUCACAUAAUUAAACCUAAGAUUGUUACGAUGGAGAGGAAGGUCCUCGACAAAAAUGCCGCCGCCGCCGCAGUAGCACAGAAGGCUGCGUCGUCAAAGAUCCAUGCAGCACCACCGCCGUCGCUUGUGGCAGAGCCAGAGGAAGGGGGUGAGCGGUAUUCAACUGGCGCUUUCCUGGGGAAAGGGGGUUUCGCAGUUUGCUACGAAGGUACUCUCUUGAGAAACGGCCGAGUGUUCGCAAUGAAGGUGGUUAAGUCUGAGAUGGGCCAGAAGAAGAUGCAAGAAAAGUUUCGUACCGAACUUCAGAUACACUCGAAGAUGCGACACCCCCACAUCGUCGAGUUCCAUCGCGCCUUUACAUUUUCCAAAUGUAUCUAUGUUAUUCUAGAAUUGUGCCCUAAUGGGUCGGUAAUGGAUAUGGUGAGGAAGCGAAAAUGCUUGAGCUUACCGGAAGUCCGGCGAUUCAUGAUACAGCUUUGCGGCGCAGUCAAAUACCUACACAAAAGGAGUGUUGCACACCGAGAUCUAAAGAUGGGAAAUCUGUUCUUGAACCGAAACAUGGAUAUCAAGGUGGGGGAUUUUGGACUGGCUGCAAUGAUCGUUUCCGAAAAGGACGAGAAGAGACGGAAAACGCUGUGCGGAACGCCGAAUUACAUUGCUCCGGAGGUUCUUGAUAAGAGCAAGGGUGGGCAUACUCAGAAGGUUGAUAUCUGGUCAUUGGGCGUUAUAUGUUUUGCGAUGCUCACCGGCUUUCCACCAUUCCAGUCGAAAACACAGGAGGAGAUCUACAAGAAGGUCAGGAACCUGGCCUAUGUUUGGCCCAGUAGCCCCGAUUUUGCGAACCACAUUCCGGAGGAGGCGAAGUCUCUGGUCAGUUCUUGCCUCAAUCUCGCAGAGAACGAGAGACCCGACCCGGACGACCUUGUUGAGCACCCGUUUUUCAGCAUGUACGAUGGCUGCAUACCCCGACGGUUGGAUCCAGCAUGUUGUACCUCAAAACCUAUAUGGCUCAGAUCCGACGAGCCACGGGGCGAUCGAAUGAUGCUUGGCCAUAGUCUGGAAUAUGACGACAAACUCUCGGCCUAUAUUGAUCAUGUCGAUGACCCAACACAGCGAUAUCUUAUCUGCCGAGCAGCAUUCUACAGUCUCUGCGGGGUUGGGCGUAAACCAGACGGAAGCGCUCGCAAAGCGGUUGGCAAGAAUUGUUCCAAAUCGGCAUUUGCAGAGUGCGUGGCCGAAGAGGAAAGGGGACUUCAGCCGCUCAUGCCACUGCCGGAGGAUAUGGUAUACAAAUACCCUAAUGACCUAGAUGGUGACUGGAGUGCCCCCCAUUCUGGACUCGCCGUCCGUAAAGAAGACUCGUUGCUAGACAGCACGGCCCUUUCUGGAAGACGCAGUGCGUCCGUCAGAAGCAACGCCGCGUCUCUCACUAGGACGCAGGCUGCUCUGGUUGCAGCCCAGCAGCGACGAAAAGAGCCUCAGAGUCACGCCGCAACACUUCGUCAGCAAGCAAUGGGUGGUCGCGGCUCAGCCCGGAAGAUCGCAGCUAUUUGCGAUCCUUCGGCGCCAGCAGUGAAGUCUUUUGCCGACGGGGAGGAGCCUGAGUCUGCAGCACUCGCAGUACCUCCUCCACCAACUGGUGGGCUUGCAGAGAGGCCUAUUCGUGCGCGGCGCGGGGUGGCAGUAUCCUAUUCUGGAUCAUUACGUGAUCUGGACAGGAAUAUAGCUCCCCCAAGAAAUGGGGCAGGAAUGCUGACUGUAGGCAAGACACGCUCGCAAUCCAAAAGACUAGAGGCUGCUAGUCUUGAAGCGGUUCCUAAUGCUGUCAUUAUCAAGGAGCGAGCUGCUUCUGCGGCUGUAGAGACAAUCCCUACUAGGCUACGGCAUGGCUCCGUACGGUCAGCCUCCACAGAAGAGAUUGUCCCAGCUUCCAAACCUAAAGAUCGAGAGCGAGAACCGAUGGCGAAGAACGUACCGAGUGGCGGUGGUCAGGUACCGACAGAAGCCAAUGCCGCAGCCAUGAGCCGUUCCAGUAGUAAGACGACUUCCACAUCGAGUACCAAGCGGUCAACCUUGGGAUUGUAUCCACUGUUCCAUCUAGAGGACCGUUGCGAAAUGAUGCCUAGGACAUCUCUUGAGGAUGUCAAUACAGAUCUUCGGCUUAUGCUCUCCAACCUGGUGCCCCAGGCAACUAUUCGCCGGCGCUCGAGCUCCAGGAGGACACCGCACGCGUACGUCAUCAAAUGGGUUGAUUAUACCAAUCGCUAUGGCAUUGGGUAUGUUCUGGAUGAUGGCAGUGUGGGAUGCGUGUUUAAGGCAGAGAAUGGUCGCCCGGCAAGCGGAGUAUUGGUACGCAAUGGCGAGAGGCAUAUCCGCCGAAAAGCGCGUGCUCUCAACAAGCAGAAAGGUGGAGAUUAUUUCUACUCUGAGGUCGAUCAGCUUGUGCCUCUCAAGGGGAGGCCGGUGGAGUUCUUUGAAAAUUCUGACAAUGAAUCUUCAAAUAGCCAGACUGGUGUAAGACGCGCACUGAUCUCGCCCUCGCUUUUCGAGGUGAAGGCCUCCUCUGACGGCUCCUCUGGUUCUGGGAUCAAAGUGCGCACAAAUUCCGGACUGGAGUGCGCCCGCGCUGAUGCAGAGAAGAUCAAGCGGGUGAAGCUUGUCGAUCAAUUUGGCAAGUAUAUGAUUGGGUCGUUGGGUAGACACGACGACGAUGCGACACUGGAGGAUGAUAAACCACUAGAUACCCCUGGCCAGUUUAUCAAAUUCUACCAGCGACUAGGCAAUGUGGGCAUCUGGGGAUUCGGCGACGGCGCUUUUCAGUUCAAUUUCCCCGAUCAUACUAAGCUUGUUAUCUCUCCUGGGCGCACGCGGGCCUCGUCUCCGUGGAUUGACUUCUACCAUCUGUCACCCUCCGCAGCCCGCUAUCUCAGCGCGAAAGGCAAGAUGCAUCCAUCUGGGUUCGAUACCCGAGCCGUCGCCUCGGAAGAGGCCACGACGUUCCUGAGCAUUGCACAUGGCACGGCAGUGAAUCCCAUGGAUGAUCGUAUCCGCGACGUUCUGGAGGCCAAUUCGUUUCUACGCAAGAUCAGUUUUAUUCGAGAUGUUGUGAAUGGUUGGAUCACGAAUGGGCGAUUAGGGGGCCGAGCCUCGCACGAUCAGGCUUCUAGCGUCCCGGAAGUGUUUUGGGAGGGCGCGCAGGAACAGGCGCAAGCUGGCGGCGGCAAGUUCGUAUGGGUGACAGUGGGAGCCCCUGGAGGGGAUGGUGAAUAUCGAUCUAUUUCGUUGAAGGACAAGGAUGUGGCAGAGAGAUCUGAUCCCGAGAUGGAGGCGUUGAGAGACCGUCUACGGGGGCUGGGCGCGAGGUCCUAG